CAGAUUGGGUUAACCCUUUCAUCCCGGAGAUGGAGGAGAGGGGAGACCCUCGCAGCAGAGGCACUGGGGGUGGGACUCCCUGGCCGAGCCAAGGCGGGACCCAGCAGCGCCCCCCACCCCACCCCUCGGCUGCUGGCCGGGCCGGUCGCUGCAAAGUCCCUCCCCGGCUCCUCCUCCAAGCUGGGGGGCGGAGUGGCCGGCAGCAGCCCCCAGGCGCCCGUCCGGGCUAUAAAUCCCGCCGGGCCGGAUGGAUCGGUCCCCGGUGGGCCGGCAUGGGCAUGGGCUUCCUGCAGCGCUGCGUGGCACGGACCCUCUGGCCCGGGAGGCCGAAUCUGGGCAGCUGGCAGCCACUUAAGGCGGCGCAUCGUCUGUACGGCGCGGGGAUACCCGGCCUGCAGGAGCGCACCCUGAUAGCGGUGAAGCCGGACGGGGUGCAGAGGAGGUUAGUGGGGGACGUCAUCAAGCGCUUUGAGAAACGGGGCUUCAAGCUCGUGGGCCUGAAAUUGCUGCAGGCCAACGAGGGGAUCCUGGCAGAGCAUUACCACGAACUGCGGAGGAAGCCCUUCUAUCAUGAGCUGAUCAAGUAUAUGACUUCAGGCCCAGUGGUGGCUAUGGUCUGGGAAGGCCACAAUGUUGUCAAGACCUCUAGAACCAUGGUGGGAGAGACGAACCCCACAGAAGCCAAGCCAGGGACUGUCCGGGCAGACUUCAGCGUCCACGUCAGCAGGAACGUCGUCCACGCCAGCGACUCCGUGGAGACGGCCCAGCGGGAAAUCAGCCUGUGGUUCCGCAGCGACGAGCUGGUCGAGUGGGAGUGCUGCGAUCACAAAAUCAUGUAUGAACUCUGAAGACCUGGCCGUGCCCAGAAUCGGUCACUGGAUCUGCUACCUCGGCCAGCGUGCCAAAGGGCCUGUGCAUCACAAGCUCUGAAUUGGCAGGGGGGGGGGGGGGCUGCGAGAUGGCGUGGGACAGUAUUGCAUUUUAACCACUGUGCCUCUGCUCAUGGGGACAAGUAGCUCACACUGAACCGUUUCUGUGAACUGCUGGGAGCCUCAGGAUAAUCCAAGCGCUGCUGUUUUGAAAAAUGCUUUUACAUGUUACAAGAAUACCACAGGGUGUUGCCCUCCAAAGAAUUUGCAUUAAAAAGGUACAACCGUGA